GAUGGGGGCGCCACAGCUCUUAAAAUUUACAGCUAAUUUGAAAGCUUUCAAGAGGCUCUGCUGGGAUAAUGAUGUUUCACAGGAAUAUCUAAAUAAUUCAUGUUUAAAGUGUUUCUGUUUUUUUGCCUAUAAACUGUUUUGAUUGAGAAGUCAAACAUUACAAAAUUAGAUUGUUCCGUUUUAAAGGGUCUUAAGUUAGAAAAUUUCUUUUGUGCACAAAUAAAGUUGCAGACUGAUUUGAGGCUUUAUUCCAAAUGUCCUGAGGUUUCGGCCGGAAGGUUUUUAGAUGUGAAUCAAAGAUGGGAUUUUUCUCAAGGAAAAAACUGAUUAUAAACAGAAUUAAGCAGUUUAUUUCAGGACUGCAGGAGCUAAAACCCAUUUUUAAUUACAUCUUAAUGCAGCAGCUCUGGGUGGUUCUUCUUCUUGGGUUUCAUUUUCUUCCUCUUGUCUGGGUGUUUGUGCUACGUGAGCAUGUCUGCAGAUCUCAGUAAGUCAGCAAAUCUUCAGUUCAAUAAAGAGGAAAUAUCAUCUGAUGCUGCUCCUCCGAACCUGGAAGAGCUCCGCCGCGUUUGGAGCCAUGGGAGCUGAUUUUGUCUGUGCAGUUCUGUCCGUUGUUGCUUUGCUGCUGUCAACCGUCGAAUGCGAUGUGAACUGUAACGGACGUCCAGGAGAACUUGGACCUCCUGGACGAGACGGGCUGGCUGGGAUGAAAGGCCAGAAGGGAGAGCCAGCUGUCUGGGUGGACGACCAAGUGGAUCCAAACAUGCUGCUGCGGCUGAAAGGGGACAAAGGAAACUCGGGGCCACACGGGCCGAUUGGUCCACAGGGUUACCGUGGUAAUGUGGGAGCAGCAGGAGCGGCCGGCCGGCCUGGUCCACCCGGUCCAGCGGGGGUAAACCGCAACGCCGGACAAAGUUUGUCCAAUCAGGGAACUCCCGCCGCUUUCUCUGUGAAGAGAAAUGUCGCCAAAUAUCCACCUUUCAACCAGAAAAUAACUUAUCAGGAGGCCAUCGUCAACACUGGCAACAGUUUCGACAUAAACACCGGCAUCUUCACCUGCAGAACACCUGGUUUUUAUUACUUCACCUUCCACUCCGUUGCCAAGGUCAGUAUGUGCCUGGCUUUAGUCAAAGAAGGAGAAGCUGAGAAAAUAGUGUUUUGUGAUGAAAACGUUAGGAACUCUGAUCAGGUUCUGUCCGGUGGAGUCGUGUUGGAGCUGACGGCGGGACAGAAAGUCUGGCUGGAGUCCUACAGAGACCAGCAGCAAAGCCUGCAGAUCCAGAAAGACGCCGACGCAAGAGACGUCAGAGAAAAACUGAUCAUCUUCAACGGCUUCCUGAUCUUCUCAAACUCAUAAUAAAACUAGCCGAGUCCUCCUCCUGCGACAUUUAACCAUCUUUGAUGUCAGUUUCUGAAAUGUUUUCAUAUUUACUCAUUUUAGAGCUGAUGGAUUUUUAAUAACCUCUGACUCCGAGCCUGAAGUUCAUCAUUUCAUGGAGAGGUGUCUAAACGUUUGGGAAUACUGUUGCAACCACUCCAAGUGCCACAAAAUGCUUUUUGUUUCUUUAGAAAAUAAUUAUAAUAAAACACACUUACCACACCAUAUUGUAAUGAAAUAAGCAAAGCAGUCAGAUCUCUGCAAUUCUUUGUAGACUUAAAACAAAAAAGGCUCUUUAAUGUUUGCUGGAUAAAAAAAAAUAUAAAAGAAUCUAAAUUA